AGCUGCAGAGUGGCAGCUGGCCCAGCCGGCGUGGAGCGGGAGGCUGCGUGUCACAGCCAAGGGCAAGACAGCCUUCAUCAAGCUGGAGGACAAGACCUCAGGAGAGCUUUUUGCCCAGGCGCCGGUGGAGCAGUUCCCUAGCAUCGCUGUGGAAAGUGUGACAGACUCCAGCAGAUACUUUGUCAUCCGGGUUGAAGAUGGGAAUGGCCGCCGGGCGUUCAUCGGAGUCGGCUUUGGGGACCGAGGAGAUGCUUUUGACUUCAACGUGGCUCUCCAGGACCAUUUUAAGUGGGUGAAGCAGCAGAGUGAGCUGGCUCACCAGGCCCAGAACCCAGAUCAGGGUCCCAAACUGGAUCUGGGCUUCAAGGAGGGACAAACCAUCAAACUCAACAUCGCGAACAUGAAGAAAAAAGAAGGAGCAACAGGGAACACCAGACAACGUCCUGCAGGACUUGGGGGUCUGAGCUUGCUCCCACCACCUCCUGGUGGAAAAUCCUCCUCUGGAGAGCGUCCAUCCUCGCUCUCCACCCCCACCCAGCUCCCAGGAACACCCAUCACAGACUCUGUGCUGUCCUGGCCGCAGCCUGGAGCUGCUCCUGCCUCAGAUGUCUGGGGAGACUUUGCCAAAGCUUCAGGGUCAGCUUCCAGCCAGACUCAGGGGAACUCGGGCUGGGUUCAGUUCUGA